AUGAAUCCUCACAAAGAUCAACGGCUGCCCUCGGCGUGUGAUCUUUGUCACUACAAAAAGAUCAGAUGUAACCGACAAAGUCCAUGCGCCAACUGCCUCGUGGCACGCGCCGAUUGUCUUCGGCAGCGACCCAAGCAAUCAAGCGCCAAGCAGAACAAGAAUGAGGAUGACCGACUCAAUAUGGUCCUCGAAGGCAUCAGUAGACUUGUAGAUUCACUUCCACGAAGAACGUCCAGACCUCAAUCAGGUGAUUCUCAGAUGAAUGAUCCCGGAUGGACAUCAAUACAUGAUGGAGGCUCUUCUACCACGACACAUCCAGCAAAGAGAAGGCGAACUCAUGCUUCGGAGGAAGUAACUUCACGUGCAAGCCAGGGGCAUGAGGCUCGCGAAGAAAGCCAGGCGCCACGCUCUCCGUCGGUAGAAGACACAGAUGCUGAGGUUGGCAACUCACCUGACCAAUCCAGAGACGGCCCUGACCCUCGAGAUGAGGAAUUGGGAACUAUCGAUUUGCAAAGAUACCUUACACCGUCACAACAGCGGCAUCAACCAGGUCACGGCGAUGCCGACAGGCGUCGAGCUCUUGAAGCUGCUAUCCAAGUUGCCAAAAAGGUCGCCAUCAUGCAACCAAAAGCCGAAUCUCUACAUCUAACUCCGAGGAGCAAUUUUUACGAUCCAGCCACAUACCCCUCCGCUGAGUUUGUGCAUACCAUUAUGGAUAGAAAGCGCCAUAGUGUCUCCAUGACAUAUUAUCUCGACAUCAACACCAAUGUAUCAAACUCAGCAUUUGAAGAUAUGGCCUUCGCUCUGAUUAAUCAUGAAGUCCACGGACAAAUGAGGCUUCACUACGUUGUCUGCGUCAACUACAUUUCAUAUUCGUAUUUAGUGGCCAUUGGAUCGGAAGGGCAAAGUGCUGCCAUGAUGGAGAAUCUUCAAGUCUCGAAACGCAGAUAUUGCGCAAAUGCCAUGGCAGCUCUGGACGCAAUGGACCUCACUUCGUCUCCAGAUAUUCCCAUGUUACAGGCACUUUUGUCAGGUGCAAUGCUUUCACAAGACAUUGGCAACAUGCGCCGCUGCUGGCGACUCAACACCAACGCUUGUCGUAUUUGUUCCAGCCUUGGAGGUAGGACACUGAGUGAGCUCAAUACUAUUGCAUCGCCCGAGGAAGCCAUGAACACCCGGCUGGUGUUUUUGAAAUGUUAUAUUUUUGACAAGUCCUUAUCUGCCAACAUGUAUCAACCAUCGUGCUUGGUAGAUAUGCGAUUGGAUACUUCCAGGCUAGAUGUCACUACGCCUUCUCAUGCCAUGCUGUUCAUUCUCCUAGAGCUUUCGAAGGUUCAAGAGGUCAUGGUCCGCGAGACCACUGCCAUGCUAGCUUCCAGCCGACAAGCUGGAACGAGUAUGGAGAAUCUGCCCGGCCAUGAGAAAUUGAGGGCUUGCCAGGGACGAAUGAAUCAAAUAUUCGCCCAGACUCAAGAGUUUCGAGCCAAACCACCUUCUAGCCAAGACGAAUUCUUAAACUUUGAAUGGAUGAAUAUUGAUUUCAUCUAUUCAUCUAUGAUGACGAGUUUGACUCGCUUGACAUCAAGAGCCGAUGAUGCACGUUCCGAUUACGAAUGUCUGCGGCACGCACGAAACUCCUUGUCAUCUCUAAACCUUCUACUCCGUCUCGUUUCCCAGCCUUGCUCGUUUCGGGAAAUGUCGAUGAGCUCCCUGGCAUGGCUUGUUCCGCUGUAUCCCCUGCGGCCGAUUUACAGUGUUUUCAGUAAUAUUGUUGCGACGUCAGAUCCUCUCGAUCUUAAACUCCUUCAGGACACAGCCAAUGGCCUUGAUUCAUUGGCGCAGAACCACGCCUCAAUGAAGGCGGUGCACAAACUAUGCAGUUCCCUGAUUGAACUUUGUGCUACUUUCUUCAAAAAUACCGAGGCGUCCCAGACCAUCCAUCCAUCACAAUUCGGACUCAUGGGGCCUGCUCCUGGUCACGUCCCAGAACGUGAAGGCCCCCGACAGCAGAGCCGUCCGAAAAACGUUGCACACAAUUCUGGAGGGCGUGCUACUCCUUUACAGAAUCACUCCUUUGGUGGCCACAUCACUCAGGAGCAGCCGAUGUUUGCUGUAAAGGACUAUUCCCAAGGCAAAUAUCACUUUGACGACGAUCUAGAUUGGGAGCUCUUUUGUGCACAACCUUCGUUGGACUUUUUUGAUCUGGGAGAUCAGUGACUUUCAUCAUCCAUAUACCUGAUACUUGCAAGACGUAAUCUUCUC